UGCCUCUGCCAGUAGAUCAAAACCAGCAGAGAUAGCGAAAGUACGUGCUCAGCGCAACCUGAGAGCCGCUCUACACAUAUUAACAUGGCUCGGCGGCCGAGAAACAGUGUUUACAGUAGCGAGGAGGAUGAGGAGGAGAACGAGAUGUAUGAACAUGAUUAUGAUGGAGCGCUGGCCAAGGCAGGGAAACGCCACCUCGGCAAAACACGUUGGACACGAGAAGAGGAUGAGAAGUUAAAGAAACUUGCCGAACUUCACGGGUCAGAAGACUGGAAACUCAUUGCAAGCUUACUAACUAAUCGGUCAGAUGUGCAGUGUCAGCACAGGUGGCAGAAGGUUCUGAACCCAGAGCUCAUCAAAGGGCCUUGGACCAAAGAGGAGGACCAGAGGGUGAUCGAGCUGGUGCAGAAGUACGGAGCCAAGCGCUGGUCGGUCAUCGCCAAGCAUCUGAAGGGGCGCAUCGGCAAGCAAUGCCGCGAGCGCUGGCACAACCACCUCAACCCGGAGGUGAAGAAGACCUCGUGGACCGAGGAAGAGGACCGGAUCAUCUACCAGGCCCACGAGAAGCUGGGAAACCGCUGGGCCGAAAUCGCUAAGCUGCUCCCCGGCAGGACUGACAACGCUAUAAAGAACCACUGGAACUCCACCAUGAGGAGGAAGGUGGAGCAGGAGGGCUAUCUGCAGCUAACGGCAAAAAACGGCAACUCAUCGCUCUCCAUCAGCCACGGCUACGUCAAGAACAGCAAUCACAUCAUGGGCUACCCCCACCACUCGCCCGCUCACACGCAGAUGUCUCCACUGUCGCAACUCUACUACAUCUCCGACACACACAGGGUACCGUUCCAGAUGACGCUGCCUUUUAACAUCCGGAACAUGCCCCAGCAUGGAACUGCUGCUAUACAGAGACACUAUAACGAGGAGGACCCCGAGAAGGAGCAGAGGGUGAAGGAGAUCGAGAUGCUGCUCAUGUCAACAGAAGAUGAGCUGAGAGGGAAGCCAUCACUAUCAAUGAAUUUGUCCUAUCCCAGCUGGGCCGGCCAGAGCGCUUUGACCAGCAGCUCAGAGGGCGUCAUGUUGUUACCUCACCACCACGCCCCCGCCCUGCCUCUGGGUCAGAGCUGCCUACCUGAGGAGAGCGCCUCUGCAUCACGUUCAAACGGCAGAAACAACAAUAAUAAUAACAACAACAACAACAACAACAACAGCCUUCACAACAAUUUCAUGGACUGUGUCAUCGAUUCAUUUCUCAACCAAUCAAUGAGCCCGGAGCACUCUGACAACGACAGUUUACGGAUGAGUUCGCCCGUGGACACCAAGCCUGUGAUCCACCACACCAUCAGCCCCCACACACAGAAUGAAAUGUUCAGAACUCCAAACAUCCGUCGCUCCAUCCUGGAGUCCUCCCCCUGUACGCCCACGCCUUUCAGGUCAGCCCUGGCCAUGCAGGAGGCCAAGUAUGGCCCCGUCAAACUACUGAACUCCCCUUCGGAGCAGCUGAUGAUAGAUUCCAUCAAGCAGGAGCCCAUGGAGUGUGCCAUCGACCAGCCUCCUCUGAAGAAGAUAAAACAAGAGGUGGAGUCCCCGUGUGAGAGGAGCCCGUGUAUGCAGUGGGAAGGACAAGAGCUCCACACACAGCUCUUCUCCCCAAGCGGCCCCGCACAGGAAGUACCUGACCUACUCACCAGCUCAAUGUUGAGUGACGAUGGACACAAAGCCUACCACCACCCUCGCAGAGGCAUGGGCAGCCCACUACAGCAGCUCAGUCCCUGGGAACAGGUGACUUGUGGGAAAACCGAGGAGCACGUCCUGGCCUCGGAGCAGAGCCACAAGUACAUCAACACUUACCCCACGAGGACACUGGUCAUGUAAAGAGACACUUGUUGAAGUGAAAGAUCAGCAGUCCCUGCGCUGGACGCAGCGCGGCGGAUUACAUUUUUGUUGUGGUACAACAGUUGGGAGAGGCUCUUUGCCAUUGGUGUUUUUACACUCACACUUGUUGGAUUUCAACCAACCAAAGACUAACCUUUUUUUUUAAUCUUUUAUACAGAAUUUGCUCUGGGUUUUAUUGUACGUCCUUACUCUUGGUCUUGUCAUUUUUUUUUUAAUGUUGUAUUAUAAAUGGGAAACGGUGGCUAUAUCAUUUUCAAUGGGCUGUAUUAUUAAUUCUGAAUUGUAAUAUUAAUAUAAAGAACAAGUUGAUUAA